UCGUAGAUUCCCGACCGCAGUCAUGGCGCUUCCAGAAACAUCAAAUACUCGUUGUGGAUAUCUGAAUAUCUAAUAUUGUUGUUAUUAUUACUUGUAAAAUGUGUUAAUUCCGUGAAAUCGUUGAUAUUGUGAUUGGUGUUAAAUUAUAUUAAGAAUCUAAGAAAACAUGUUUGGGGGUAAAUUAAGAUCCUGGAUGGAAGCUGUGAGGCCUAAAAAGAAACAAAAUAGGAAAGACAAGCAGAAUAAAUUAAAAAACACGAACGAAACCACUUCCCCUCAUAUUUUAUUUUCCAAAAAAACAGAAGCAGUCAAGUCUCCUAAAAAUAAGAAAGAAACAAAAGAAACCGAAGCGGAAACAUUAACCAAUGGCCCCAUUCGUUCAGAACCCACGAGCAGUAGAUACUCAGUAGCAACUCUAUCUUCCCCAGAAUCGGCUUACUCUACAGGUUAUUCAACAGAUGGUACAUCCCCAGGUGCACUCCCCGAGUACUAUACCGAAGUUAAAACAAUACUGGAAAAGAAACCCGAACUAAUUCAAUGUGAUAAAAAUCCCUCCAUACAACAAACCAUCCAGAAGAUUGCUUCACCCCAACUAGAGAAUAACAGGCCUAUUCUAAACACGGCUGUGGAUGUGGCUUCGCCAAGGCAAAGGAAUAGGAUUAGGACCAACCCAUGGCUUCCCAGAUGCACACCCACGUCCAGUAGACGAAUUCAAAAUUCCUACGCAAAUGGACUCUCCGAAACCACACUAUUUACUGCCUCGAACCAAUGCGUAUUAGCAAGUCCAUGUUCGAGGAGAAAGUCUCCUGUAUCUUCAACUUGCUCUUCUUUGAGUGGAGCUGAAACCUAUUGGGAAGACAGUGAGGACGACUGCACCCUGAACGAAAUGAUGGGCAAAUAUGACGAGAGUUACGUCUAUGAAAAGGAAACGGAUAUACUGAGUGACAGCGAACCUACCGACCUUGACACAGAUAUAGAUACAGGUCAGGAUGGUGGAGAUGAACUUGAACCACAAGAAGGCGAUAUGUUUUACAUUGACGAUGGUUCCCUAACCGAAAUGAACAUUGGUGAGAGUAAAAACACAGGGCACUGUUCUUACUUCAAUUUCCAGGAGAAAAGGAAGGCUUCGAGGAGGAAAACAACGAGGAAAUCAAGACAUAAAUCAAGCUCACACAAAAAACGAAUACCUCCGAUACAGAUACCUGAGAGGAACGAGCAAAUUUUCACCAAAUGUGAUGGAUCUAGGAGUGUUGGUGCGACACCUCUACUCACUAGAAGAACCCGUCAGCACCCCAUCUCCAAGCUAGCACUGGAAGAAACGUUGGGACGAAGAUCAAACUCUGUACAUUUCUACCGAGAUCCGAUUAUUUCUAUUGACAAGAAAGAUGAAGAGGCCGAGCAGAAAUAUGAAGAACUCAUAGUGGAAGCUGAACAUAUAUUAAGGAAUAUAAAAACAGAGGGGUUGUCCCCAAGGCGACUUCCUGGUCCCGCGAAUAAACGAGUUGAACUUUUGAGGAGCGCUGAAUGCACCAAAACUGCUAGGGUAGCAGAUGUUCCGUCCACUAACCUAUCAAGUAUGCGAUUGUUACCGAGAUGUAAUCUUUUGAGUAGUGGUGCAGGGACAACUCCUAACAGUACUCUUCCAAGAUCACCUCUUCCGUUCAGAAAACACCCAGAGCGACAAUCUCAACAUAGGAGUCCGAAGCAAAAGAGGAAAUCAAGUAAAAUAAGGAAGGAGAUAAUGACAUCAAGUUCUGAGGAUGAAAGACCAAGAUUGAGGGCGCCUCCUCAAAGUGAACCGGUCAAAAGAAAAGUCUAUGCCUCUACGAAUAAAAACAUACCGAUUCAUCCAAAUAAUUGCAGUGCUUUGUCGCAAAGGCACAGGAAUAGUGCAGAAAGUUUAAGGCAUCAAGUGUUGAUAAACACGAUUGCCAAUUUGAAGAAAAGUUUGGAGGAUCAAUCAGCUUCCUUGAAGCAGGCUUACAGAAGCCCAACACAUUGUCCACCCUGUUUAUAAAUAUAACUUGUUCAGUUGAUUAGUUUUAAAAAAAAUUCAUAACUAUAUUUUUACAUAUCAUGAUGAUAAUUUAGAUCACUAGCAAAUUGUUGAUUUGUUAAUAAUAUGAGUUUAAUUGGUUAAUCAUUAAAAUCAGUAAACCCUAAGAUGGAGGCCUAUAGGUAAGUAUUAUGAAACUAUUGGAUUAUUAAUGAAUUCAUGAAAUGUUGAAUUAUUUUCAACCCGAAAACCAACAAUUUGCAGGUAGAUGAAUAGAAUAAUAAAGAAUGUACAUGUACAGGGUGUUACUUUAAAACUUAAAAAUAGUGUCUAAUCUUAUUCAUCCUUUUCAAAUUUAUUUCCUAUUAAAUUAUGCCUGUACCUAGAAAAUUACACCUAAAAAUCCAUUUGAAAUGAAUUAUUUUUUAAUGUAUAUGUGUAAGAAUCAUUGACCCCUGUAGCUAUAUUCGUUUCCUCAUAUCUGUUGAAUUGUAACCAAAUUCGUAGGAAGUAGAUAAUUAAGUUCUGUUCUGUAUUAGAUCAAUGUAGAAAUAUUGUUACAGUUUGGACUUUUGCUACGUAGUGAAGUAUAGUAGGUAGUUAUUGUUUAUGAGACUUGAAAUUAUAUUCACUAAACAUUUUGCAAUAGACAGAUUGAUGCGCAUUACAAUUGCAGUCACUAUUUUAAAGCAAAACUAAUUAGGUGGUGAAAAAAUGAAUAAACCUAAUAAGAACAAUAAGGAACAGUGGCGAAGCCAGCUUUCAAAAAUAGGGGGGCGCCGAAUUUUUUUUGGAGAGGCCAAAGUGAAGCGAAAUUAUAGUUCAGCUGAUUUUGUAAUUAUUUUAGCCUUAGAAUGUCUAAUUUUAGAGGGGGUCAGCAGAAUUUCAGGGGGGUCAGCAGAAUUUAAGGGGGACCAGCAGAAUUUCAGGGAGGUAAACAGAAUUUCAGGGGGGGGCAGCAGAAUUUCAGGAGGGGCUCAGGCCCUCUACCCCCCUAGCCUCGCCACUGAUAAGAAAACUGGAAACAUCAUUCAGAGUUAUACCUACUCUGAAACAUCUUAUUAAAAAAUAAUUUAUCUCGUAAAUUAUUGUACCUACCGAAUUUAUCAAAAAAAAAAAUAUUUUGACCAUAUCUGGAUGAUAUUCUGAAAAUAAUUUGACUCUUAUAUUGUUCUUGUGAAAUCGGUGUGGAACAAUAAUUUUAUGAUUACCUGCAUUAUUGAUUUCUACAAUGAUAUAGGAUUGCAAUAUUUCUGAUAAUAAUUUACACUUUUGUUGGCCUGAAGAAGGUAUAGAUAUUUUAUAGUUGUAGGAUUAUAAUUGUUGUUAAUUUUUAGUAUAGUCAGUAUUAUUACCCUUGCAGCUUUUAUUAGUAAAUCCUUACAGAACCUAAUUCAGAUCACUGGUUAUAAAAACGUUCACAAUUUUUUUUUUUUUUUGAGAGAUUACACUCUUUUCAACCAAAAAAUAUUUAUACUUUGAAUUGUUGACGAACAAAAAAACUUUGUUUUCCCUCAGAGAUAUUUGUUAGACGUUAUAUUCUUAUUUUUAUUAUAAUUAUUGAAGUUUAAAUCGUUCAUUCUAUUCGUCUUACCCCAAAUUGUUUUUCAGAUGAGCAGGGCGUCUGAGGAAAAAAAUAAUUUUACCCCGCCAUAAUCAAAAAAGCUUAUAAGAAAUAAAGUAAAAGGCGGCCGCUGAACUUGGUCUAAAUAUGAAGCCCCUCACAAAGUAGGAGCAGCCGUUUGACCCCUAAAGCCGGCCCUGCAGAAAUUAGUUUCUUUAUUCCAAUUUUAUUUAUUUUUUUAAUUCCAUAUACCGUAAACAGAGUAAAUUCAAUGCUAACAUUCUAACUUUGUUUAUUAUGAACCCUUAACUUUGAGUAAUGA